AGGUGGAGAGGAGAAACAGGAGAACAUGAAAGUGUUAGUGGUAGCACUGGUGGUGACCCUGGCGGCGUGGCAAGGGAGCGAGGCCCUUCCCAAGCAAGUCCCUAGCGCCCUCAGGCAGAAGCCCUGGUCAUGGCCUCCCCGCCAGCCUGCAUUAACCCCGCCUGCCACGCUCCCUGCCGGUUUUGGAUCCCGACUCUCCCGUGGUGAUUCUGAGUCUGGACUUGCUGCUCCUGAAGGUGACGCAAGGCCUGGACUCACAGCUCCUGGUGGUGACACAGGAAUCCAAACUCCUGAGGGCGACGGAGCGUUUAGUCCCGUCAUUCCUGCUGGAGGUGACGAGAAGCUAGGCCCCGUGGCUCCUGCUGGGGACACUCCAAUGCAUGAAGCUCCUGCGAGGGACGAACAGUUUGAUUCCUUUGCUCUCUUCGAAGGUGACGCAGGCCUCGCCACUCCUGCCGGUGACGCAGAGCUUGGACUUGCAAUCCCUGGUGGCGUUGAGGCAGGCCUGGAGGUGCUGCCGUUAGGAGAGGCUGACGCUGAUGUUGUACCGGUGUAUCCUGACGGAGGUGAGCAAGAGCUUGAUGCUGUGCCUCCUGCUGGUGAUGAUCAGGGACUGGACUCCGCCUAUCUUGCCGAGGACGAGACUGACCUGGAGUUUGGAGUCCCUGACGGGGAGGGAGAGGACCUGCAGACUGCUGGGAGUGAGGCGAGCGCUGUGUCCAAAUCCCUCACUGGAGACACCACGCAGAUCGACUCCAGAUUAGGCUUGGCAGCACGUCGCCAAUCCCGCCGCGAUCGCCGCCGCCGCCGCAAGAUGUUACGCUCAAAGGUCCCCGUCCAUGGCUCUGUCCCCACCAGCGCUGAGGUGACGGUGGUGCUUCCUGGCGCCGCACCCUUCACUCAGCCACCCUCCUUCGACACCCUGUCUGUUGCCCUGCCCGCCGCCCUGCCCCCGCAACAACCAGCUGCUCCUGCACUGCGGCCCGCCCCUGCCCUGCGCCCCGCCCCUGCCUUACCUCCAUACCUGGCCUCUGCCCCUGCCCCUGCCCCUGCUCCUGCCCUAUCCCCACAGGUGCCCGUCAUCCCUUCUUACGAGUCCCCGAAACCUAAGCGCGGCGAGUUUCUUCCACGCCUCAUCUCGCAUUUCGCCACCAAGAUAUUCAAGGGAUCGUCAGGACGUGGUGGUGGUGGCGGUGGCGGCGGACUGUUCGGCGUUCUGUCCUCCUUGUUCAUGAAGAAGGACCGAGAUAACGCACUGACUCCCCUUGCGCAGGACAUCGAGGCGGGAGCCAGGCAAGGUCUACGUAUGGCGGGCAGCGAGUUGGCCUUCCAGAAGCAGCAGAAGGCGAAGAGUCUUGGGGAGAAGGUGAAGGAUGCAGUGCGGACGGCGGGGCAGAUCGGCCAGAGUCAGUACAGAGCCUUGCUGCAGAAGAAGGAGGCGAAGAAGGAGUUUAUAUCUGAGACAGCUGGAAAUGUCGGGGCGUACGCGGACACCUACACCGAGGCCACCUACAACAAGAUGGAGGGCUCCGUGAAGGCAUUGGGGCGUCUGCUGAGGGAUGUGGCCACGUCCUUCCUUGAUGCCAUGGUCCUUAAGGGCCAGGCAGCCACGGUGCUUGUGCGGGACCAGACGGAGACCAACGAGAAGGCUGUCGGGGCGGUGGUGGACGCCAAGAGGGAGGCGGCCAGGGACGGCGUGAGGGCCCUGACUGAUCUGGUGGCGGGGCGGUGAGGCGGUGGUGAGUGUGUACUGAUGGCUAGCCUCAUGAUGGCCGCCUCACCACUACUACUACUGGUACUACUACUACUACUACUACCACUACUACUACUACCACUACUACUACUACUACUACUACUACUACUACUACUACUGUUAUCUCCUCCAUUUAGUAUCUUUCCACAACUAUCAAGAACAUCACACUACAACUACCAAUACAAACACAUUCAUUCAAAUAUCCUACAACUACCACCACUGCUACUACUACAACUACUACUACUACUACUACCACAUCCAUACUUUCAACCCUUAUCUUCCUGCAUACUUCCUUACUAACACCACUACUAUACCACUUCCCCCCUCAUUCACGUCACUUCCUCUUUCCCUUAACACUCUUUCCCUAACCUCUAUAAAUACUCAUUCCUGUGGUCCCUUUCUCAACACACAAAUACCCUUAUAGAUCCUAAUGAUAUACACCACACUUCCUUGUCCCUAACCAUCCCUCUCUCUCUCUCUCUCUCUCCAUCUCUCUCUCUCUGUCUCUCUCUCUCUCUCUCUCUCUCUCUCUCUCUCUCUCUCUCUCUCUCUCUGUCUCUUUGAAUAUCAGCAACCAAUAGAUUUCCUUCUUUUAUAGCCUUGCCUUCCUCUUUCCCUCUUGGAUUUCCACGUGGCCUUCCAGUGCAGAGGGUCACGAUCGGCUGGGAAAGAAAUGAAGAUGGACAGGAGAGGGAAAGAGGGAAGACUGUAGUGUGCAGAAAAUAUCCUCGUCUCUGGUAACGCUGAAUGGAAUCGUGAGGUUAAGUUGAGGGUAGAGUAAGAAGGAAGCGUCUGAGAUAGAGCAAGGUGGAGGAGGAAAGGAAAGGUAAAAAGUGUGGUGAAUAAAUUGAUGGAUUAAAAAAGAUUACUAAGAA